CACAGCUCCGGGAUCCAUUUCCCCACCUGCCCCAGCACGUCCACUCAAUUCCUUGGUUGCUCAGCAUCGUGCAGGACCCCAGGCUCACUACACGGCAUCUUCUGGGACAUGCUGAAUCCUUAAGGUCCCUGCCCAGGAUGUUCCCAUGGCGACGCGAUGGCGGCUCUGUUUGUGCAGCCUGGGGAUCCUCCUCCUGGCAUCAUGUACUCUCUCUGAGAAAUUCUCGCUAUCUGGCUCCUCACACCCUGUGGUGGGGAUAGUGGGCCAGGAUGUGGUGUUACCCUGCCAGCUCUCACCCGCCGCCCGGCUGCCCAGAAUGGACCUGUGGUGGAGGAAGAUUGGCACAGGAUUUAUCCCAGUUCAUGAGUACUUAGAUGUGGGUCCCACUGAGCAGGCAGGGGAGGGUUACCAGAACCGGACGGAGCUGUUCCGGCAGGAGUUCAGCAACGGGAACGUCUCCCUGAAGUUGAAACGGCUCCGAGUGGCAGAUGGUGGGACAUACCACUGCUUUGUGAGGAACCCACAGUGGAGCCAGGAAGCCACCACUGAGCUACAGAUUGCAGCUGUGGCUCCGGUGUUCAUUGGCAUGGUAGGCCCCCGGGGCCAAGGGAUCGGUCUUGUCUGUAGGUCCACAGGCUGGUUCCCCAAACCCGAACUCCAGUGGAUUGGGAAGAAUAAGCAGAAUCGAGCAAUGGAGUCUGUGACCGAUGUGACUCAGGACAAGGAGAACCUGUACAGUGUUGUGAGUCACGCCACUGUCACAGAAGAAGACAACGGAGACAUCAGCUGCAUAAUGCGGAAUGGCCUGCUGGAGAUAGAGCAACAAUCGGCUAUUUACCUCUCCAGUGACGUCUUCCCCCGAGUGUCUCCCUGGCUGACUGCAUUCUGGGCCUUGCUCGCUCUGGUUCUCAUCGCUGCUGGAGCCUGUGCAUAUAUUGGAUACACAGGGAAGCAAAAGUUCUCUGAGAAGAAACGCACUGAAGAGGAGGCUCUGUUAUCUCUUGACUCUCAAAAGAAGGACAAUGAGCAGUUAACAACAGAACUCCAGAAGCUGCGUCAGAACUGUGAGUCAAAGGAGAAAGAGAUCGAGCAGCUGCAAUCAGAUAAGUGCGAGCUGCAGGAGAAUUUUGAUGUGGAGAGAAAGGCCCAUGAAUCUAAACUCCAGGAGCUGAGUCAGAAGCUGGAUGCGGAGACAAAGGCCCAUGAAUCUAAGAACAGCAAACUGCAUGUGACUCUCGAGUCCCAAACAAAGGACAAUGAGCGAUUAACAAGAGAAUGCCAGAAGCUGACUCAGAAGCUCG